AUGUAUGCUGCAAGGAACAAUUUUGCCUUUGACGCCAUCUAUUGGAACAAGAUCGAUCAGCGAUUUUUCGGGUCCAAUCAACCUGACGACAAUGUAUAUGUGGAGUUGAAGCUUCAGGAGAAUGAGACAAGGCUUCUCUCUUGGGACCCAGAUCAGUAUACCCUAGAUUAUAUAGCCAAGAUGGAAGCAUGA